UUGGUGUCGAUUAGGAGGGGACGUGAGAUUAACCAGAUGACGUCGACAAAUGGAGCGGACGUGAGAUCGAGGACGUCUGGGGGCCGCCGGUCCCGCCACCCCCUCCAGGCCCUGACCAAUCGGAGUAGACCACGAAUUUUCAUUCCGGUUUUCGACACUCUUCUGAGAUAAUGCUCCACAGUUGUUUUAAAGGAGCCGAACACGGGAAAACGAGACCCUCCAGCGAAAAUUCCAAAAUAAUCAGUUGAUCCGGGCUCGCUGACAUGGAAUACUGGCAGGCCUCUACCUCCAAGCUCAACUCGGCGUGGAUUGUCCUGUUCGCCGUAGAUUUAUUCCUAGGAGGGACAAAAGGUACAAGUCAGGAGGAGGUGAGGCAGCAUUUAGCCCUGGGUGGAGACUUGCUUGCCCGAGGACAGCUUCAAGACGCUCUCUCUCAUUUUCAUGCCGCCGUUGAGGGCGACCCUAGAAAUUAUCUAACCUACUUCAAGAGGGGCACAGUAUACCUGGCCCUUGGAAAAGCAAAGUUCGCAAUCUCGGAUUUCAACCGGGUGCUCGAACUUAAACCAGAUUUCACCGGGGCCCGUCAUCAAAGGGCGAUGGUGUAUUUCAAAGAAGGCAGUCUCGACGAGGCAAAAGAAGACUUUUUGUACAUAUAUCAGCAAGAGAACAAUGGAGAUGCUUACAACAAUUAUGUAAGGACACAAAACAUCCAGACAGACAUUGCUCAUGCCCAAGCUUACAUGAAUUCUGAGGAUUACGGCACAGCCGUUGACCUUUUAUCAAAAAUUAUUGAGGUGUGCCCUUGGUCGUCAUAUCUCAGGGAAUUAAGAUCUCAAUGUUACGUAGCCCUGAACGACCCCUUGGCAGCUAUUUUGGAUCUCAGAUCGACUACGAAACUCAUCCCCGAUAACACAGAGGGUUUUUUCAAACUUGCAAUCUUACACUACCAACUCGGUCAAGCUGCCGAAAGCUUGAAGGAAUCAAGAGACUGCCUUAAACUAGAUCCUGAACACAAAGACUGUUUCCCUCAUUAUAAGAAAGUCAAAAAGAUAGACAAGUUCUUCACAGAUGCACAGAAUGCGUUUGAACGUGAGGAUUUUGAGACCUGCAUUACUAAUGCUAACAAAGUAUUAAAAACUGAAGAAAAAGUGCCUAUGAUUCGUUUCACUGCGUACUCAAAGCUUGCCGGCUGCUAUCUGAAAAACAACCAGCCCUCUGAGAGCAUCAGCGCCUGUUCAAGCGCACUGGAUAUUUCAAGAGAUCCGGAGGUUUUGUGUGACAGAGCCGAAGCUUACAUCGCAAUGGACAUGUUCGACGAAGCCAUGCGAGACUAUCACGAGGUGCUCGAUCGCCACGAAGGCUACCCGAGGGCCAAAGAGGGCAUCCAGAAAGCUCAGAAGCUGCAGAAGCAGUCGGAAAAACGCGAUUAUUACAAGAUUCUUGGUGUGAAGAGGACGGCAACUAAAAAGGAAAUCACCAAGGCUUAUAGGAAAGCGGCGCAACAAUGGCAUCCUGAUAAUUUCCCAGAGGGUCCUGAGAAAAAGAAGGCAGAGAAAAAAUUCAUCGACAUUGCUGCUGCCAAAGAAGUCCUCACGAAUGAAGAAAAACGGUCGAAAUUCGACAACGGCGAGGAUCCAUUGGACCCCGAGUCCGGGAAUCACGAUGGCUUCAAUCCGUUCCAACAGUUCCAUCAGUUUCACGGCGGGACGCCGUUCACCUUCAGGUUCCACUUCAAUUAAUGAAACGAAUUUGUGAAAUUGAUACUGCCUUAUUUUUUCGUUUGU